AAGAACAUUCUCUUACGUGGAACUUGAUCCAUUCACCAUUCUCUGGGUGUCAUUUCACAUAUGCUCUUACAGAAAAAAUUAAAAAGGUGUCAUUUCACAUGAGAGUUGAGAGAUGAGAAGCGUACGGUACGCUUCCCCAUAAAGGAACUGUUUCCCUCCACAACUAUAUAUAGACCAUGGAGUUGAGCUUUGGUUUGCAUCAAAGCAGCUAGCAAUGGCUCUUCAUUUCCCCAUCCUAUCCACACCUUGCUCCUCCUCCUCCUCCUCCAAAGCCUUCAUUUACUAUAGAAGUUUCCCACAAAGAUCUCUCACCCAUCAAUGCAUGAUCUCAUCAAACAUCAAAUCCCUUGCAAACACUCAUUCCUGUGAGCCAACAACAACAACUAUUAGGAGAUCAGCAAACUACCAGCGUACCAUCUGGGAUUUCAAUUUCCUGCAAUCCUUAAACAGUGAUUACAAGGGGGAGGCCAACAAGAGCAAAAUUAAGAAAUUGAAAGAUGAAGUAAGGAGUAGACUUGAUGAUGGAACCAUGGAUCAGUUAAGUCUGCUCGAACUGAUCGAUGAUAUCGAAAGACUUGGGUUAGGAUAUCUCUUUGAAGAGGAGAUCAAGAAAGCCAUGGAUACCAUAGUUUCAAUGGAAGAUAUGCAAACUAGAACAGAGGAGAGUUUCCAUGCUACAGCUCUUCUAUUUAGGCUCCUUAGACAACAUGGGUAUAAGGUGCACCAAGGUAUGUUCAAUCACUUGAAAGAUGAGACAGGAAACUUCAAGGCUAGUUAUGAUACAAAGGGAAUACUAAGUUUGUAUGAAGCUUCACACUUUGCUGUAGAAGGAGAAAGUAUCUUGGAGGAGGCCAAAGACUUCACAGUGAAAGCUCUAAAGGAGAUUAAGGGUAGUAUAGAACCAAACUUAGCAAAACAAGUGAAUCAUGCCUUGGAGAUUCCCCUUCACUGGAGGGUGCCAAGGGUAGAGGCUAGGUGGUAUAUUGACAUCUAUGAGAAAAAGAAGAACUCAACUGCUGCCUUAAUUGAACUAGCUAAGUUGGAUUUCAACAUUGUCCAAGCAAUACAUCAGGAAGAUGUAGCUGAAUUAUCAAGAUGGUGGAAAACUUUGGGGCUUGGAGAGGAGAUGAGUUUUGCUAGAGAUAGUCUAAUCCAAAACUAUUUAUGGACAAUGGGAUGGAACCCUGAGCCUCAAUUUAGUAAUUUCAGGAUAGAAAAUGCUAAGGUUUGUAUUCUAUUAACAGUGAUCGAUGAUAUGUAUGAUGUCUAUGGUUCCUUGGAAGAACUUGAACUUUUUACUGAUGCUGUGGAGAGAUGGGAUCUCAAGGCAAUGGAACAACUUCCAGACUACAUGAAGAUAUGCUUCUUGGCUCUUUUCAACUCUGUUAAUGAAAUGGGUUAUUUCCAUCUCAAGGAACAUGGAAUUGACAGCAUACCUUUCCUAAAGAAAGCGUGGGUAGUGCAAUUGAAAGCAUACUUAUUAGAGGCAAAGUGGUAUCACAACAAUCAUAAAACAACAUUCGAAGAGUACCUCGACAAUGCAAUGACUACCAUAGGAAACAAUCUUUUAUUCACUCAUGCAUUUUUCUCCUUGGGACAAACUCUUCGAGAAGAUAUGUUAGAUUGUGCAUCACAAUAUCCAAGUCUCUUCCAUUGGACAUCAAUGAUAGUUCGACUUGCUGACGAUUUUGGGACUUCAAGGGCUGAAUUAGAGAGAGGUGAUGUACUGAAAUCAAUGCAAUCUUACAUGCAACAAACUGGUGCUUCUGAGGAUGUUGCUCGUAAGCAUAUAAAGAAUAUGAUUAGUGAAGCAUGGAAGAAAGUUAAUAAUGAUCUAUACACUAAUGGUUUUCUUCUUCCUCAACCUUUUAUCAUGACCAUGAUAAAUCAUGCCAGAAUGUCAAUAUGCAUGUAUCAAUAUGGAGAUGGCCAUGCUGAGCUAGAUGAUGAGAGUGUACAUCGAGCCAAUUCAAUGUUGUUUGAACCUAUUCCAUUGUCGAAGGAUGCUUAAGGGCCUUCUCUUCUCUCCCCCUCCCCCCUUUUCUCUUCUUAUCUUUCUAUUCCUUUCCUCCUUGUAACAAAAAGUAUUGUUGUAAUAGAUGGUUGAAAUGUUUUUAGAAACAAA